AUGGAUCUAUUCAAAAGAAAAGUUAAAGAAUGGGUAUACUCCCUCAGCACUGACGACCAUUAUGCAGAGUAUAACCCCGAUGAAACGCCUACUUUUAACAUGGGUAAACGUUUAAACAGCAACAAUGGUCAGGUAAAUCCCUCUCAAAUGCAUUUGAAUAGUGUAGAUGAGGAAAUGAGCAUGGGAUUUCAAAAUGGCGUGCCAUCUAAUGAAGACAUAAAUAUUGAUGAAUUUACGUCCACGGAGUCAAACGAUGGUGUCUCUGAAACCCUCUUAGCUUGGAGACACAUCGAUUUUUGGACCAGUGAACAUAAUCCAGAUUUAAAUGCAACUUUGAGUGAUCCUUGCACCCAAAACGAUAUCACUCACGCAGAGGAAGACUUGGAAGUUAGCUUUCCCAACCCAGUAAAAGCGUCUUUCAAAAUUCAUGAUGGCCAAGAAGAUUUAGAAUCGAUGACCGGUACUUCUGGCUUGUUUUAUGGCUUCCAACUAAUGACACUAGAUCAGGUUGUAGCUAUGACUCAGGCCUGGAGAAACGUCGCAAAGAACCUAAACAAAAGAUCUCAACAAGGUUUAUCCCAUGUUACAUCUACUGGCUCUUCUUCAUCUAUGGAAAGACUAAAUGGUAACAAGUUCAAACUGCCAAAUAUCCCAGAUCAAAAAUCUAUUCCUCCAAAUGCAGUGCAACCGGUAUAUGCACAUCCUGCUUGGAUUCCUUUAAUAACGGACAAUGCCGGUAACCAUAUCGGUGUUGACUUGGCGCCUGGUCCAAAUGGUAAAUAUGCUCAAAUUAUAACAUUUGGGAGGGACUUCGAUACGAAAUUUGUCAUUGCUGAAAAUUGGGGUGAAUUUCUGUUAUCGUUUGCCAACGAUUUGGAAGCUGGUAAUUGGUAUUUAGUAGAUGACAAUGACGACUACUUUAGCGGUGAUGGUGAAUUGGUCUUCAGGGAUAAGAAAUCUAAUGGUCCUAUACAAGAUUAUUUCGAAGUUUUAAAAAGAAGAACGUGGAUCAAGUAUCAAGAAAACUUGAGAUCACAACAGCAAAAAUCUCAACCUGACACAUCCUUGCAGGAGCAGAAAUACGUGCCUGCCUCGCAAAAGAAAGUGGCAGCUGAACAGCCUUCUACCCUCAACGCAGAAUCCAUAAAGGGCGAAGAUAGUGGUAGUGCAGAUGUACAAUCUGUUCAAGAUCACGAAUCUGUCAAAAUUGUGAAAACAGAACCUAGCGAAGCGGAGACUACAACUGUAAAUACAGAAAGCCUUGGACAAGCAGAGCAUGAAAUCAAAGCUGAUAAUGUAGACAUUAAACAAGAAAGCGAGAGGAAAGAAGACGAAAAGCAACCAAAGGUUGAAGAAAAAGAACACGUUGAAAACGAACAUGUCACAGAAUCAGCAAAAAAAGACGAUGAUGUAAAUAAGCAAACAGAAGAAAUGAACAAAAAGGAAGAAAAUGAAAUAAGAAGUGAUGAUGCUAAAGUGGAAGAAGCGAGAGAAGAAUUUGAAAAUAUAGCUUUAUGA